CAGUGUAUAAGGUAAGUAGAGGGUUUACACCACCAUCAGCCAUAAUGCUAAAUUUGCUUUUUUUAAUCUGUUUUCAACACUCCCACACUCAGUGCAGCCUGACUGAAAUCCUGAUUAUAAAUGUUCAGCACACACAGACAGAGAGGUGUGACAGCAGGAAAGAGGAUCAAUAAACCUGCAUCAACCUGCAUUAAACGGGCAGGAUUAAAGGAGCCAGACUUUCUUCAGACAGAACUGCCGAAUACUCUUAAUGUGUCACGCAGAGUGUGAGAGGGAUUCCCUAAGACGGAUGUGUAUUUGGCCAACAUCCUCCUCUCACCCAUGUCAGUGGAUUCCAAGAAAAAACCCACCACAGAGUGAGCACUCCUGACAAGCUGGUUUGGUGUUUUGCUGUCCCUGGUAGAGGACCUGAGCUUAAAUGGAGUGAAUUGAGAUGGAGUUUUAUGUACUGGCUGUGACGUCUUUAAUAAACCAAAGAAAGAGAUGGCAAACAACUUACCUCCAACAGCUUAAGCUCCAUCUGCUCUAAUGACCAGCAGCUUGCCUGGUUCGUGUUAGUGUGGUACACCUGGAUGUGAGCAUUGGGGAUUAGAGCUGGGCUCAGGUUUUAUGAUAUUCUGUGCUUCUGGUCUUACCCCUGUCUGGUUCUUAAUGAACUAUAUAUUUAAAAAGUAUGCAUGAGAGAUUAGAGAGAAAUAAUAAUCAAAAUAAUAAUGAUCAUUGAUGCUUGUCCAAGAGGCAACUAUUGUCUGCUGUCACUACUGUAAUGGUUUUGCUUUAGUUAUAAAGUUUACAUACAAUAUACAGUGGGAGAAAUAAUUCUUUGAUCCCCUGAUGAAUUUGUAAAUUUGCUCACAUACAAAAAAAUGAACAAUUUCUUAAUAUUUAUCAUAAUUUAAUUUAAUGGAGAAAGACAGAAUAUCAGCCAACUAUGCAAAAAAAAAGGCCCACACAUUACAUAAAAGUCAUAAAUUGAUUGAUUGUAAAACCCCAAAAAGAUUCAAACUAAUUCAAUCGGAUCUAGUAAUAUACAUUGUGAAAUCUUUGGUUUGUUAACUUGGUGUUCAUUUGUGAUUUGAAGCUACAAGAAUAGCCCCCUUCCCCUUUUAUAUUUUUGUUUUCUAUGCAGCAUUACUCAGAGACUGAAAACCUUUUAAAAGAAAGCACAAAGAUUUUGAAAGACAGUUGUUAAACAUCCAAUCAAAAUCUCCUGUUAAAAAAUUGUUCCAAAAUGAAAGUAUAGGUGAUGUUCAAGAUGGGACUAGUGACCUCCUGAACCUUCUAGAUGGAGGGAGCAAGAAGAUUACACUUGCAAUCCAACUCUUACAAAUAGCCUAGUCUACUUAGCUAGCACAACACACACCUUAUACUUAUAAUAGAAGGGAAGAUGGGUGAUUGUAAUGUACUAUGAUGGUCCUGAGCCUCAUACAAAAAAGCUUGCCAUCCAACUCAAGAUGGGACAAGGAUAUAGUUUACAUGGAGAUAUACAUAAUGCCACUCUUCACUCUUCUAAAUAUGCUUUCCAAAACUUAGUCUUUCAAUGCUGUAGUUCCACAGAGUUGUUUCACAAAGGGAAUGACAUGUUCUUUACGUCCUAAAUGUAUUUACACUUGGCACGUGUGUUGCCAGCUUGGAUUAAAAAAAAAUGAACAGUAUGACUGUUACUAUAUAUUCAUUGUCAUUGCUUUAGAAAGGUAAAGCAAAACUUUUCUGUGUACCAAACAUUUGACUUUUAAGUCAACUUACAUUGCAAAAUAUCAGUAAACAACCAAAGAACCAAUACAAGGGUACUUUUCAAGAUAACCUUUUCAAGAUACGAUGAAAUCAGAGAAUAUGGUUUCAUAGAUUUUUGUAAGUCAUUGCAUUGCAAACUAUUUAAAUCUUUUUUUUUUUUUUUUUACAACUAGUGCUAAAAUGUCCUGUGGCCUGACAUUGAAUGUAUCAGGUAAACAGAGCUUUUGCAUGCAAAUCUUGCCAGUGGGUGCGGCUAAAAACACCACCUGACAAAUUUGUCUCUGGUUAAUCUGAUGAGCUUAAAGUCUUAAAUGGAAAUGCCUGAGUGUGUACAUGUGCACAGGCCUGUGUGUUUUUAUUGAUGCACUUAACACAGCCAUCUGUGCAAGCUGGCUAAGGGAGAGAGAGGGCAGAACCAAUCUGCAUUCCCAAACAGUCUUAUCCAUACCACGUUAGCCUUAGUAGCCACCUCAUCAACAGGUUAUAGGUAUCUUUGCUGCACUGUUUGAGCCUAAAUUUGGAGAGAAUGCCGGAAAUGACUGAAGAAAUAGAAGUUAUCUAGCACAUACUGGACAGACAACAAAAGCCAAAGCUGAAGGACUCCAGAUAACUUCGCCUUUAAGACCGCCAUUCUCCUGGAUUUACAAUUUUAUUUCCUGGCCUGACUCUUUUUUCCUUGAAUCCUUAAAUCACUUUGAAUGCAACAAUGGGCUGUUCUCCAUCUAAAGGAAAGUUAUUUUCAAAGCCAGAAGGAUCUCCAAAAGCUUCUCUGGGUGAAGUACCACAGGAUGCUAAUAAUUGUAGACCUGUAGAAGUUGAGAAUACAUGUUUGAAAACCGAAGUGACGGAAAAUGAACUUCCACUACCUAAUGAAGGAUUUCAUAGCAAAGAGACUGAAUUAUUUCCAUUGGUCUCUGAUGCAAAGACUGUUCCAAAUCUGCAGGACACUGAUGAAACAGAAGUAAACACGAUGCCCCAAGAAAUAAUCACCGAUGUGGAACAAACCAAAGGAAUUAAAAAGACGGCAAAGCAAAAAAGAAGUAAAGGCAAGAAAAGGUCUUUUGAGAAUCACAGGAAGUUCUGUCAUGUCCAGACAAAGGUGGACUUCCCACCUCACAUGCUGAGAGCUCACCAGGCAGCCUAUAACUUUCUGAACCCAAACAUUUCCAAAUAUGAAACUCUUUUGGGUCUACUAGAUCAGGCUGCCCAGACACAGCUGUCCCUCCAGCCCAUGAUGUCUGCUUUAGUAUUGCGCUUUGAGGAGAUCAACCAAGCACUAGAGGAUAUGGCUGAUGAGGGGGAGCUGAUGUUGAAGGAGCAUGGUGACUACAUGACCUUACCUUCUGGGAUGAUUUGCUCAGCUAACCCUAGAAUGAAUACAACAUGUCAAACCGAUCCACCUCCAGAUCUUUUACAGCAGCUACUCCAACAAUCAACUGAAAAGAUGAAGUUAGUGGGAGGAUCAGUCCAGGCACUAGGUGACACCACACUUGAGGAGGCAGUGGAAUAUUUUUCUUCUCUCUAUAAACUGCUGAUUAAGAAGCUGCAGAUGAAGCAGACGGCAGAGAAGAGGCUUUUUCAAGUGAUCGCACAAGUAGAAAGGGCAGCCAUGAGGAAGUUCAACUCAGAAGAUUCAACACUGCAUAGUGAGGAUAGUGGUAUCGGAGGAGAAAAUGAGAGUCUGACGGGUUCUGAAAGGCAUCGUCGGCAUCGUGGAAGUGCUGGAUCUGAAAGUUGGGGGUCUGGAGUCAACAUUCGGAGUGCAUUUGAUAGUCUCCCCAGUAAUUCAACCAACCUUGGAGACCAUAAUGAAGAUGAUGAUGAGGAUGAUGAUGAUUAUGAUGAUGAUGAUAAAGAGAAUGAAGAGGAGGAAAGCGAUACACGAGGAAGGAAGAGGUCGAACUCUUCCCCACCUGAUCCCAGUCAGGCCAUUCAUUAUAUGUUUGCAAAUUACAAUCGAGAUCAGCAGAUAACAGUCAAACAACCGCUGAUUGAUUCUGUUAUUGCAAAGCCUGAACACCUUUCAUUAACUGCGUGUGGAAUGACAGAACUACAAAACAGCCAGUGGGUCUUGGAUGAUAGAAUAAAAACGAUGGCUGAAAUACAAGGAAACAAGGAAUUAGCAAGACCUCAUUGCAAGCUGGAUAGAGCUGAAGUAAGACGGCAUUCAUUAAAUGGAUUGUCAGGUUCACACAAAGUCGUUGUGAGACCAAAUAAGACAAAUUGUUCCUUAACAAUCUUAGCAACCCAACCACCAAAACGCCACUCUGUCAGAAGGUUAAUUCAUACCUUUAGCAAAGUAGCUGAUGGGAGACCUGAGCAGAGUCUCACUAAUAUUCCACCUCAUAACAAGAUGCCCAGGAAAAGUGGCCAGUUAUCUGACGCAGUAAAUGACAAGGAAAGUUCAGUCAACAGUGGCAACAACAACAACAGCCGCUGGCCUGAUAGCAAGGAUGAGCUGGAUAUGGACAACCUACCACCGCCCCCCCCAGAAGUCCUGAUGGACGAUUCCUUUCAGAGUACUCAGGUCCUAGCAGGAACUGAACUGGGUUUGCAGAAACCUUCUUUUAGUUCUCAAGUGAUAAACCCCAAGAUUGGAAUCUCCCAUCGCCUGAAGGCAUCUAUCCACAAUAUAGAAGUGUUACCAAACCGAGCAUGUAUGAGGCCAAGGUCGAUUGCUAUCUCUCCUGCCCAUCCUGUUACACAAGAUGUUGUUACGGGCACUCAGGAUGCAGAUCAGCUGCAAUCAGAAACAGAUCUGAACCUGGAAAUUAAGAAGGCUAAUAAUCUCUACCAAAAGGCAUGUAAGAUUAUUCACCUGCGUGAUGCAGCAGAAUCUUCUGAUAAGAGAAAUCUCGUUGAACCAGGCAUCAGAGCAAAUUCUCCUCUUCAACUAGCAAUAGAUCGGAAAUGUAACAGCAACGAAUUUUAUGAGGGUGAAUUUUCCUCUUGCAGUCUGACUGUGAUAGCACCACCUGUAUCUAGAGUCCGCCUUCCACCAUCUUGUCCUAGUACAUGCAAAAGAUUUCCAAGUCCCCCUGUAAUUAGACCUCAGUCUACUUCUAGGCACUCAUCUCGUCCUAGUUCUCCUAGAACAGUGACACGUUGUAUAGAUAACAAGACAGAAGAAAUCAUUCCAUCUGUAUCCUUUCGCGACGCACGCUCUGUUUUCUGUCAAAAUGAGUUUCAAAACUUCAAGGCCUGUUUGCCCCCUGAAAGGUCUGCGCUUCCCAGACAAGGGGUAGAGGUCUCCCGAGGAAGACUACCUACCAGAGCAACAGACACCUCUACUCGUCGCACCCAAUCAGACCAUAGGCCUAGUGGGACUUUUCAUUCAGAGUUUCUAAAGAAUGCCAGUUUGGCCUCUAUGCAGGAGAAAGGGAGUAACCUAUUGUCACAAAAUACAGGCUAGGAAGCCUUCCAAUGACAGGAGAUGAUGACAUCCUAAAGUCCAUCUGUGAAUGGCCAGAUUUUGUAAAGUAAAAUAUGAGUUGGGAAGGGAAUAAUGAAAGAAGUUGUAUAUUAGCAGGGACUGUGAUUUGUUUUUCUCUUUUCCAAUUAGAAAAUGUCUUUUUUUUUUUUAAGAUUCUGCAAUAAUACAUGUAGUAAAGGGUUUAAGCACUUUUCUACUCUAUACUGAACCCUGAAGGGUUUAAACCUCAAGUAGUUUUAAAGAUACAUGUAUUAUAUGUGUUUUGUUAAAACAACUAUACUUUAAAUCCCUCACAAUCAGGGAGUUUGUUUUUGGCUUCAAUACCAAAAGUAAAAGACAAAUGUAAUUUACAUAAUCAUUAAAUGUACCCUUUUGUUUUUUUAAUAAAUGGAUUCAAUGUUGU